AUGAGGCAGGCCGCUUAUGUCGGAAGUAGUUGUUGGGGAUUGACACCAACUGUUUUCGUUGUGUUCUGUAUUGAGCGUAUUUCUUUGCAAGUACUGUUUGAGCAGAUUUCAGAAACAUCAACACAAAGAGGAGAAAGGAAAUUAGUAGAGGUAUCUGAGUCCGAAGCUCAGCUCCAGAGAAGUGUCUCAACAUCUGGUGGUUCGUCGAGAUCUUCCAUCAUGGUGGGGUUUGAUGAUGUAUUACUUGAAAUCAUGCACAAGCUCACCAAUGGACAAGACGAUCGCCAACUCCGAGUCAUCCCUGUUGUAGGCAUGGGAGGGAUAAGUAAGACCACUCUCGCUAAACUUGUUUAUGCACAACCGUUGAUUAAGCCAACAAAGGAAGAAAUUAGUGAAAAUGAAGUAGGAUUAACACUCUACAAAUAUUUAUUCAAUAGAAGGUUUAUAGUUGUAAUUGAUGAUGUGUGGAGUGUUGAUGCAUGGGAUAAGAUGCAAACGUUCUUUCCCGAUAAUUGGAAUGGUAGUCAUGUAGUGGUGACGACUAGGCAAUCGCAGUUGAGUUCUCAAUUGAACAGCAAUUAUUCCCUUCGAUUGAAGUUAUUAGAUGAGGUUAGUAGCUGGGAUCUAUUCUCCAACUCUGUGUUUGGGAAGGAAAGUUGUCCAGUUGAGUUGGAGGAAAUUGGGAAGAAAAUUGUAGAGAAUUGCAGAGGACUUCCUUUAGCAAUUGUUGUGGUGGGAGGUGUUUUGAAAAAGGUGGAACACACUUAA